AUGACGAAACCAGAAAGGGCAAUUCAAACUCCUAACGUCAAGUCCUUAAUGGUUCUCGCAGUUACGGCCGCGCUGAUGUGUACUCUUCAUGUCACUUAUAAUUCACACAACUAUAUAUAUGUACCACCAACAGCAACGACGUCGAAAAUGAAAGCUGCAGUUGUGUAUGGACCUAUGUUAACAAACGCAACAAGGAAGGGAAGAGAACAAGUCACUAACGUGCCAAGAUUAACUCGUAAAAAUACAAGAACAGAAGAGGCGACGGAUACACCCCCUGGGAUAUCAACGGCGAGAACAGAGAAUAAGGAACCGUUACCGAUAGGUGCUCGAGGCAAUGUACCCAUUCCAUUUCUACAAGUCACUCUCCCAGCAACGUCGCAAACACUCCACAAGUCACUGCUCGAGACAAACUCUACAUACCGAACAGCGAAUGCAAAUUUUACCCAUAUGGACUCUCAAACCCUGACUGAAACGGACUUGAAGAUGGAGCCGAGUCAACAACCGGCGUCCGAACCCCAGGCGACGGCCUCGGCGCAGAACCUUACCGUCAUCCAGCGUGACUACUCUCGGAAGCCGUCCGUGCUCUGGCCGCAGGACGCGAACUGUUCGAGCAUGGGUAUGAGAUCCAUAAGAACAUCUGUCGCUGACCUGACCCCAGGUGGCCAAGGGAAAUAUGACCAGUGGUCCCCAGGCCCUGCUGACCUGACCCUCAAGCUCAACGACGUCGAAAAUGAAAGCUGCAGUUGUGUAUGGACCUAUGUUAACAAACGCAACAAGGAAGGGAAGAGAACAAGUCACUAA